CAGACGCAGACGCAGACACAGAAAGGGGGAAAAGGAUGGCCAAGGUGACCAGAAGGGAUGCUCGUCAUAUUCUCUGAGACCGAGUAGACUGGCCAGCUCACCAUCCUCACCUCGCAAUCAUACAAAAGGGUCGGCAUCAGCAUCCAGGCCAGGUCCACCCCUGUAGAGAGGGCACAUCGUCUUCUUCCUUCCUCCGCGCUGACAUAUACGCCCUCAGGCACACAUCUCCACACCCACCUCGUUCCUGGACGCUCGAAGCCGACCUCGACCCCCUUGAGCCCAUCCUUGGCUGUUCAUCUUCCACUCAAUCAUCUCUAAUCUUCACCACUGCCAAGUUCCCUCCCCCUCCGCAGUCCGCAAUGUCUGUCAUCACCAGCUACCUCUCUCAAGCAGUCCAGUGGGCCACUGCCUCUGCGCAGCACUCCCUCGCAGCCCUAGUGGCCCUCUUCGCCAUCUACGUCGUCUAUGUACUCUCCGCCUCUCCCCAUGCUUCCCUACCCGGGCCCUUCCUUGCCAGGUUCACCGACCUAUGGAUGGCAAGGCAAGCCAUGCGAGGCGACCGAUCCCUCGUGAUCCAUGAGGAGCACAAGAAGCACGGCACCUUUGUCCGCCUAGGACCCACCCACGUAUCCAUUGCAGACCCAACAGCCCUGAAUUCCGUCUACGGCCACUCCACCGGUACAACAAAGUCGGAAUUCUACGACGCCUUUGCUGCUCCCAACUUCCCUCGAGGACUCUUCAAUACUCGCUCUCGCCCCGAGCACACACGAAAGAGGAAGAUGGUCUCUCAUACUUUUGCUCCCAAGAAUGUCCAGGCCUUUGAGCCUUUUAUCCGCCGAGAAGUCGAGACUCUCUGUGGUCGCUUCGACGAGUUUGCAAAGGCGGCAAAGGAAAAGGGAGAAGAAUGGUUCACACUCGACGCAUUGGACUGGCUCAACUUCUACGCCUUUGACACCAUUGCUUCCCUCGCCUUUGGGUCCGUCUUUGGCAUGAUGGAGCAAGGGCGAGAUGAUGCAGACGUCGUCUUUGAGAAUGCAGAUGGGUCUACUAGGGUCGAGACGGUACCUGCCGUGAGGAUCAUCAAUGAGCGCGGCGAGUACUCGGCUACCAUGGGGUACGUCCCCGUAUACCUGCGACCCCUCGCUGCCCGCAUCCCCUGGUUUGCCAAUCGACUCAAGUCAGUCAAGAGACUAACGGGUAUCGCAGUGGCCAAGGUUAAUCAACGACUAAAGGAAGGAAGCGAGAGGGACGAUCUCCUUUCUCGCCUCUCUUCUGGGAAGGACGAGUCUGGUCAGCCCAUGGGCAAGGAAGAGCUCACCAGCGAAGCCCUCACACAACUCAUUGCCGGCAGCGACACCACUUCGAACACAUCCGCCGCUCUCCUCUACCACGUCAUGACGCACCCUGAAGUCAAGGAGAAGCUGGUAAAGGAACUCGAUGAGAGUCUCAAAAGCGUCGACGUAGGCGAUGUCCCCGUGGGAACAGAUGUAGCCGAGCUACCUUACUUCAAUGCAGUCGUCUCCGAAUCACUUCGCUACCACUCCACCUCCUCCAUGGGACUCCCCCGUCUCGUACCCGAAGGCGGGGCAGUCAUCUGCGGCAAGCACUUCCCAGCAGGAACAACCCUCUCCGUUCCCGCCUACACCAUCCACCGUAACCAAUCCGUAUGGGGAUCCGAUGCAGAUUCGUACAACCCCGAUCGAUGGCUAGCCACAAAGGACGCCCGAGCAAACUUUGAGAGGGCCUUUGUACCGUUUAGUAUUGGCCCCCGCGCAUGCGUGGGACGAAACGUCGCCCUAUUGGAACUGCAGCUGCUGCUGUCGACUCUGUUUAGGAGGUAUGACUUUGAGCUGGCUCGGCCGGGGCAGGAGAUGAAUACCAUCGAGGGAUUCUUGAGGAAGCCGGUCGCUUUGCCUGUCAAGAUUAAGCGGAGGCAAUGAUCCACAAUGAGGCAGGACAAAGAGAGAGAGAGAGGGAGGAUUGAUAGGGAAUAGGCACAGGGCGAAGGGAAAGGGGGGUAAGGGAGGUGGAAGAUGGGAAAGAUGUACCGCAAACGAUGGCAGUGUGUAUCUCCAGCUAACGUGCGUCACCCCCCAUACUUCUCGCCUCGCUGUUCUUGCUUCGGUCUUCUUCUGUAUCUCAUACUUGCGAUAUGCACCACGCUGCAAUGCCGAACAAUGCCCCCGACUUCGUUGCCGGUCCAAGGUCACGUUCGACUUCGGAUUCAGGCGGCGCGUACAUUAGUGGAGACGACACAUGUAUAGCAUUAGCAGUAUCAACGGGUAACGACGACAACGGACAAGGACA